AUGUCCACUAUAGUUUACCAAAGCUUGGAAUCAGCCAGCUCCACCACGCUAAAGCUGAAGGUUGCGCCGCCGUCCCCGGCGGUGACAGAUGGCAUCGACCGGUCGGCGAAACUCGAAUUUGGAAACUGGGGUUUCCUCCAAACAGCCACUCGAGAAACAGGGGAAUAUUACAGAGACACUAAACCAUGGGCCAAUAAAUCUUCAUUCUCCUCCCUCAGCGCGAAAUCACUGGAGCUCUGCACCGAGAAUCUCGGCAGCGAGACCGGAAGCGACAUCCUUAUCCCUGGCGCCGGCGACGACGACGCCGUUUUCUCCUACCCUCUGCCGCUGGUCGAGCAAUCGACCACAGAUAUCAACGCCCAAAUCGACACCUACACCAAGCGACACCCGGAUCCUCCGAAGAUCACCAUCCGCCGCGAGGCGAGGAGCUUCCCGCCACCGCUGACGUCGAUGAUCGGCGAGAACUCGGUGCAGGUUCGUCGCCACAGGGAGGGCGGGCGACUGAUCAUCGAGGCUGUGGAGGCGCCGUUCAAGAAGGCGUACCUCCAUGCGGAGAGGAGCGACGGGAGGCUCCGCCUGAGUUACGUGAUAGCGGAGGCCACCAUCGCCGCCGUUGCCGCCGGAGAAAAGAACGAGGAUGAGGAUGGAUCAGCGGCGGCAGAGGAGGAGGAAGAAGAAGAAAAGGGAGAAAUCGAGGAGAUUGGGAGUGAGUUGGGAUCAGAAUUGGACGGAGAAACCGCCAUCAACGGGGAAAAUGAGGGUAAUUUGGAGAAAUAUAAAAGGCAGAGGAGGUGCAACGAAGAACGGAGCCGCAGCAGGUGGAAGCCGUCUCUCUGCCACGCAAUUUCCUAA